CUUUCUGGAGAUCCUUCCUUUUGGCAUUUUCUAGCGAGCCCAGGACAAGGGUUCCUUGCAUUGCUGCUUAUCUGACUGAUAAGCAUAUCCACGUGAAUUAGAGAAAAAUGGGUCAGUCUUUAAACACAGGCCACCAGACCCGCUCAGUCUCCAGCCGCCCCUACUACAGCUUGCCCAACAGCAGCCAUGAGCGGCGCUCAGUGCUCACCGUCACGGAGCCCCUGCGCUUCCACUCCCACGCCAAGGGCAAAAACGUGCGGCUGGACACCCAUUCCCAACGGGCCAUGCGGAAGAACAGCUUCUGUAACGGGCUCACCUUCACCAACCGGCCCAUCCACGUCUAUGAGAAGGUGCGGCUGAAGCUGGUGGCUGUGCAGUAUGGCUGGAGUGGGGCCCUGCGCUUCGGCUUCACCAUUCACGACCCGUCACAGAUGAGUUCCGACGACAUACCAAAGUACGCCUGCCCGGACCUGGUGACCCGGCCCGGCUACUGGGCCAAAGCCCUGCCAGAAAGGUUUGCUGUCAGGGACAAUGUCUUGGCCUUCUGGGUUGACCGUCACGGGAGAGUCUUCUAUAGUAUUAAUGACGAGGAGCCGAUAUUGUUUCACUGUGGUAUUAACGUCUCCAAUCCUCUCUGGGCACUCAUAGAUGUCUAUGGAAUUACCCACGAAGUGCAAAUACUCGAUAGCAUGUUUGCAGAGACCACUGCCCGUCUCAACACCACCCGUCUCAGCUCUUGCCUUCCCCAGAGCAACCACGACUCGGCCAACUUCAAUAACAAUGAACUGGAGAAUAAUCAAGUGGUGGCCAAAAUAGCAAACCUAAACCUGAGCCGGGUGCCGGGACUUGCGACAGACAACCACAUCAUCCCCUGCUGCCCCAACCGGCGGCCGCGUGUCCAGGGGGUCCCGGCCUUCCUGGACACAGACCUGCGAUUUCACCCCACCCAUGGACCCGACAUCACCUUUUCUCAGGAUCGGAUGGUCGCCUGCACCAACUGGCAAGAGAGCAAUAGGACUCUGGUGUUUUCUGACCGCCCUUUGCACAUUGGCGAGAGCCUGUUUGUGGAAGUGGGACACCUUGGGUUGCCAUACUAUGGGGCCCUCUCGUUUGGCAUCACUUCUUGUGAUCCGAGUACUUUAAGGACAAACGAGCUCCCAGCAGAUCCGGACUCUCUCCUGGACCGCAAAGAGUACUGGGUGGUGUACCGGGCCUUCCCGGUCCUCAGCGGAGGUGACAUCCUCAAUUUCACGGUCUUGCCAAAUGGCGAGGUGCACCAUGGGGUGAAUGGAGCAAGCCGCGGCAUGCUGAUGUGCGUGGAUACCUCGCAGUCUCUCUGGGUGUUUUUUACAAUCCAUGGUGUAAUCAACCAGCUCAAAAUACUGGGCACUGUGCAGUCCAGCCCAGUGACCGUCUCACCCUCAGGGUCCCCCGGUGGCUCGCAGUACGACAGCGACUCUGACAUGGCCUUCAGUGUCAACAGGUCAUCGUCUGCUUCAGAGUCUUCGCUCGUGACUGCUCCCAGCUCUCCCCUGAGCCCCCCCAUCUCUCUCAUCUUCCCCCCUCCGGAGCCAUCCAGCAGCAAGAAUGGGGAAUGCACCGUCUGCUUUGACAGCGAGGUGGACACGGUGAUCUAUACCUGUGGACACAUGUGCCUCUGCAACACCUGCGGUCUUAAGCUGAAGAAGCAGCUCAAUGCCUGCUGCCCCAUCUGCCGACGGGUCAUCAAAGAUGUUAUUAAGAUUUACCGCCCGUAGCGCCCGGCUUGGGCUUGGGAAGGGAGACCGCCGCUAGCAGUAACCAUGCCUUUCCGUCCCUGCUUAUGGGUUAUCGUGCUGGUCAGUUGUAAUCAAGUGGCUCGUUAUCUGUGUUUCCUUAUUUGAUUGGUAGGGCAUAAUUCAGGGAUCAAAUUGAGAUAAGGAUCACAUGGGGCUGUGCCGCUGGGCUGUGUGUCCACAGAAUGAAUUGCGGUAGGGAUCUGACCCAGCUGCAGAUGGGAAAUUCCCUGUGCCAAGCUUUUUUAUCCUCCAGAGGAUGAGGCUGAUGUGGUGUGGGUUGGGAGGGAAUGCUGCCAUUUGUUGGGUGCUGCUGGAUUGCCUGGCCCCAAAGCUCAGACAGCUCUGUGCUGCUGGUGCUGUGUGGAGCAAAAUUAGAAUGUGGCCCAGUGGGAGGGUUUGGAGUGGACAAAAUUGAUCUGAAAAUUUAAUACCCAUCCAUUUAAGGGGAGCAAGCGAAGGCCAAAAUAGUAGCACAACCAGACUGUCAUUUGUUUGGGUUUUGAGCAGGCUUCUGGGACAUGUGGAGGAGCUGCUUUAGGCUUGGCUGCAGCAGCUCUUGUUUUUUGUGGUGGAACAGGGCUCAAGUUUUGCUCUUCUCCUCCCAGCAUGGGGCAGUUGUGGUCUCACAGGACCUGCUUGGCUCAUGUCUCUUAUCUUUCCCCAGUCCAUGUGGGCUCACCUUUCUGGGCACUGAGCCAUAUUUCUGGAUUUCCCAGCACAGCCCCCGCUGCCCACACACUGGCUGCUGGGAGAGGCUUCAGCCACAGGCAAGAACUCAUUGGGAUGAAUAGGAAUUAAACUUGGCUUUGCAUGGGAGGUGGAAAGAAAGGCUCUGAGGCUAUUAUUAGAUUUAAAAGGUAAAUGGAUUUCAACUGUGGUGUUAGACAGCCAUGAGCAGCAGCAAUCUAGAGGAGGAGGGAAGUGUAGGGGCAGGCAGGGGGUCUGUGCAGGGCUUGGUGUCCUCCCUGGUGCUCCCAACAGGAGCUCCUCUAUCCUUUGUCCCCCUGCAGGCUUCCUCCCACACAAGACUCAGGCCUGGCUGCAUUCCCAGGAUGCAAACCAGAGGCUGAGAGAGGGGCUGAUGUCAUUCUAGCUUGGUGAUUGUGUGCCACCAAGUGAGUAAGAAAGGUGUAGUUAUCACAUUUCAGUCCAAAAAUGGAGAAAAGCAACCCAUGUGCUGCAGGGCUGCUGAGCACAGAGGGAUGCCUCUGUCCCUCCAUGCCAUGGGUGUGCUGCUGCCUCUGCUGCACUGCCAGGCCCUGCUGCCCAGUGGGGGCUGUGGGGCUACUCUCCCUCUCCCUGGGGGCAGUGAGCUGUCCUACAUACAGCCAGCAGGCAUUGAGAAAACUCUUUUUUUUUUCUUUUUUUAACUUAAAGAUCUAAUGAGCAUUUCAAUUAAGUGUAUAGAUGAGAGGCUGCUUUAAAAUGGGAUCUCUCCGCCACUGUCCUGCUUCGUCGACAUGAGCGCCUGCUGGUAUUGCAAAGUCCUUUUGGGAAACUUGGCUUAUCCCCUGCCUGUACAGAACCACCUUCGCAUAAUCAAGUGGCCAAGGAGUUUUCCAGCAGCUGAAGUGUUGCACUGACCUCAAGGCUGCCUGCCUUUGGAUCCCCCACACUUGCUUAGCCUAGCCUUUAUAGCUCAAGGCCUCGCUGUAGUUAGUGGGCACAGCAUGGGGAGCUGCAGUGGCACGGUUUGGGGCUGCUGGGUGACAUCUGGCCAGGUGGGCUCCCUGUGCCCUUGCUGUGCGUGGGCUGCAGGGGGAACUCUUUGCGUGAGGAGGAGCUCAAGGAAAGCUGAAUUCACAGCAAAUGAUGCUGGCCGGAAUCACACUGGACUAACAGAUGCCAGUGGCUGUCCCCCACAUGUCCUGUUGCAGGGCUGCCUGCUCUGUUUGGAGCUGGCAUUCAGCUGCAAUGAUGCACGUAGCCCUUUUGCUUGACUGACACCUCAGGUCUUCAACAAGCAGGGCUGACUGCACACCUGGCUCAUUUUCUGGUGCAGCUCUAAUAUUUUAAGCCAGCAAGGAGAAAUAGCAAAAAUUACCACCUGAGCAGGUUGCAGAGGGGUGGUUUUUGCUGCUGCAGCUGCGAUUGAUUUCCAGGAGGGCGGCAGCCAGCAAGCAUUGAGCUCCUGGGAGGGAUUAGUAGAGCCAGCAUCCAGCACAAUGGGUAACAGGUAGCGGUGGGGGCUUAACCUGCCAGAGAGCAACAGGGAUUUUCUGAAAACAGUGGCAGAGGCCCCUCAAAAAGAUUUCCAGGAAAAGGCAGCCUUUAACAGAUUUAAUUGUUAGUACUCGUAUUGCUAUUUUUUUUAAACAGUCUGAUGAUACAUGAUUUGUACAGAAGAUCUGUUUGUGCCUUAUAAGGGUGUCUGUGCACUUUUUAUCCUUUUUAAAAGCAACUUUUAAAAUAAAACGGGGAGAAAAUAACACAGAUCAAUGGUAGUUUUAUAGAGUUUUGUGUUCACCAAGAAGCCUGCUUUGUAUUUAUAUAUAUAUGUAUAUGAAGUUACAUAUAUAUAAAUAUAGCAGCAAAAUAGUGUUUAUUUCCAUAUUUUUUUUUU